AAUCACUCAAAUAUUUUUCCCGGGAGUUUAAAAAUGGCGGCCCGCAGUCAUGAUAGUGGGGUGUCACUGCGACACAACGAAAAAAACGAUAAUUACGAGGAGACAGACAUGACAGAGGACGAUGAAACAGCAGAGGAUGACAACGACGUACCGGUGGUUCUGCAGUGUAAGAAUUGCAACAACAUAGUUGGAGAUUCUAUGGCUUGGGUGUGUGCAAACGAUGACUUGAAGACGAUUACUCUGCACAGUAUAACCAAUUCAGUCACAGCAGGGAAAAAGUUGAUGACAUCAACCACAGAGGGAAUUGACCUUGGAAGUACAUACAUUCACCUUCUCUGUAAACAAUGCAAUGAGGUGGUUGGGAGGAUCUAUAAGACAACAUCCAGACAACUAGACAGUCUACGUGAUCUCUACACAUUCUCUGCUCAUCAGAUUUCAAGUUACCAAAUUGGAUCUGGACAGCAAAGAGCCAGUGUUGGUCUACAAGACAUGCUAGAUCUACCAACAGCAAAAUCCUUGAAAGAUUCCAUCUUGAAAACCCAAGUGAUGAUUUGUGCCUUGAAUAAUCGCAUAUUGAACAUUGAGAAUGCUCUGGAACUCAAGGAAGAUGCUGAAGAACCUGCUGACAUUCCAGCCUCAGGACACUACAACACCCCAAAUGAUCAGGACAACACAGCAGGUGGCAUGAAUAGCCAUAUCCAAACCAAGAAACUAUCAAACAGUCAACAAGAUCUGACUGCUGCUGUAAGCAGCAUAGAGGAGAAAGAAAGCUCAGGGACAGUAAAGAAGGGGAAACAAUUCAUUGCUGGCAAACGCUCCAAGGAAACUAGUACAGCCACAGGAAAUAAACGAUCUCGCUUCAAGUGACUUUUUAGAGAAAUAACAUGAGUACUAACAACGCAAGCUUCCUGGUUGUUUAUUGUUCAAUUAAUGCAUUUUGGUAAUGAAACCAUGGAAAGGCAUCUUUUCUUAUUUUACACUGAAUGUAUAAAAUACCUAUGAUGUAGCAUAAUUUGGUCACUUGUCCAUAUCCAUGCCCCCCUGUCUUUGAGUGACCACAAGAGGGUGCUAUUUCCCACAGUUUUUGGCCUGGGUGCAUAGACUACACUGAUGACCUCAUUGCUAGUCCAAAAUGUGUACUAGCCUGUCACACUCCCCAAAUUGUACAUUGCCUUAAUUUGGCAUUAACAUGUAGCACUGUUGACAUAGCAACUAGCAGUCCAUGCCAUGCAUGUUUUCAUGUGUGUGAGUGCAUGAAGUGCACUGUACAACAAAAUUCACUGGACCAAACCUGUUUGUUUGUUGGGGACAUUGUAGAAGUGUAUGUAACAUGGGAGUCAUCCCCCCACUUUAUUUGUGAUGGACAAAAAAUUAAAGAGGAUUGUGAAGAAUUGUUUGGACUCCCCAACGACUGAAAUGUAUUUAAUAUCACUCAAAAAGGGGAAAAGAAUAAGAAGCCACGUACAUGUAUAUGCCAUUCUGAUGUAAGAUUCUGCAGAAAUGUAAUACGUUGAGAUGUACAUGUACAGAUAUAAAUCUUUACCGGUAUGUAUCAUGAAUAUCGCCCCCUACGUGUAUAUAUAGUGCCAUAUAGUGUCAACCGCCUCCUUCACCUGGUUUUGAUUUCAAAUUUCCAUUGUUGGGCAACCCCCCACUUAAAUUCCUAUGGUUUAAUUGACAAAGUUCAUAUAUUUGAAUUGUGUUUUAUCUUUGGUUGAGUUGUGUUAACCUUUACUUGAUGUCUGUGCUUUUGUUUGCCUACUGUUAAUAUACGUGGUUUCUGUUGACUGCCAGCUUGCAUAUAUUGGAUUUAGCACCAGCAAUUGAUCCACUUUAAGGACUUAUUAAUUUUUAAAUAAUGCGAUCUUGUAAUGAUGAUCGUUGGCUUGUUUUUUCAAGUGCUCCCUGAAGUAGCUCUUGUCAGCCAUUUAUAUGGAGGUUGCUUAUACAGUUGUAGCUCUAUGCUUAUACGGUUUUGUUUUACAAUUGCAUUGGAUUUGCUAUGGCUAUAUCUCAACUACAUGUACACAUUACACAUACUGUACGUGUAGUCCAAAAGUAGUUUGCAUAUGGCAAUUCCUUUCUAAAUAUGUAUGCUAAAGUUCUGGAUCUGAUGAUGACUAUGAUGCAACUUGCCCUCUCAAUUCUGUCAGUAGUUUUGUUCAAUUCUUACCGGGAACUUUCUUAAAAUUUAUAUAAUUACCUGUCUUGAUGAUGGUGGCAACUGCGUUUGUAUUCAAAUCAUGCUAUUCCUGUGUAGUCUGGAAAUACCCAUGUUUCCACAUGUAAAGUUGUGACCAAAAGUUUACAUACCCUUUAGCAGAAUACAGUUUUAUUCUCUUUAUA